GGGCUUUCUGGUUCCCUAACUCUGAAAAUCAGAAGAGAAGCAGGAGCCGCUCCCCUUGCUUCGUAUCAAGCUAAAUUUAGAGAUGGAUUCCCAAAUCAAGUUUGCUGUUGUGGUGAAAAUCAUGGGAAGAACAGGAUCAAGAGGUCAGGUGACUCAAGUGAGAGUUAAGUUUUUGGAUGAUCAGAACCGGUUCAUUAUGAGGAAUGUUAAGGGACCAGUCAGGGAGGGAGACAUUCUCACCUUGCUCGAGUCCGAGAGGGAAGCCAGGAGACUUCGUUGAAUAGAUGUUGCUCUUUUGUUGCAAGUAGCUAGCUAUUAUGUUUUUUGUUUUAACAUUUCUGAAAGGUAUCCAAAUUUUCAAAUCAAGACUUGGAUUUGUAGAGACUGCAGUUGUUUCUAAAGCUUAAUCAAGAUGUUGAAAUGAA